UCUAAUGAACUAAUUGCAGGGGUUUACAAGCUUUUACCCUUCUACAAGGGUGAAAACACAGUUUUUGAUGUUUCACCUUCUUCAAUAUCAAUAUCGGUUCAGCAUGACCAUGUAAUAGUGCCAGAAAAGUUUCAGGUCACUGGAUUUUCUGUUGGGGGUCGUGUGGUUGAUGGAGAUGGUAAUGGAAUUGAGGGUGCAGAAAUUUUAGUUGAUGGACAGAAAAGAUCUAUCACUGACAAAGAAGGAUAUUACAAGCUUGACCAGGUUACGUCUAAACGAUACACAAUAGAAGCAAAGAAGGUGCGCUACAGAUUUGACCGGCUCGUUGACUUUUUGGUAUUGCCUAAUAUGGCUUCAAUCUCUGACAUCAAAGCUGCAUCAUAUGAUGUAUGUGGUGUUGUGCUAACAGUUAGUUCUGAAUUCAAGGCGAAGGUAGCUCUGACUCAUGGCCCACAAAACGUUAAACCUCAAGUGAAACUUACUGAUGAGAGUGGCCAUUUUUGCUUUGAGGUUCCUCCUGGUGAAUAUCGCUUAUCUGCCAUUCCAGCAAAACUUGAGAACGCUCCAGAGCUUCUGUUUUCUCCUUCUCAUAUUGAUGUCUCAGUUAGGAGCCCGUUAUUGGAUAUCAAAUUUUAUCAGGCACAAGUUAGUAUACAUGGCUUUGUUGUUUGUAAAGAGAGAUGUGAUUCUUCAGUUUCUCUUACUCUUCUGCGCUUGGAUGGAAAACGUAUGAAGACAAUUGGUUUGGCAAAUGAGAGUAAUGAGUUUUUCUUCUCAAAUAUUCUCCCUGGCAAAUACAGGGUCGAGGUAAAAAACAAUUAUCCGAUAUCAUCAGGAGAAGAUAAAUGGUGCUGGGAGCAGAGUUUUAUCAAUUUAGAAGUUGGCACUGAAGAUGUUAAAGGGGUAGAUUUUGUUCAAAAAGGAUUCUGGGUCAACAUAAUCUCAAGCCAUGAUGUGGAUGGUUUGCUGACUCAACCGGAUGGUUCUAGAAUGAACUUGAACAUCAAGAAGGGUUCUCAACACGUGUGUGUAGAAUCUCCAGGAGCGCAUGAACUGAGCUUUCCAAAUUCAUGUAUUUCAUUUGGGAGUUCCUCUGUGAUAAUUGACACAUCUAGCCUAUCUCCUAUCUAUUUGAAAGGGGAGAGCUAUCUUUUGAAGGGUCAUAUCCAUGUUGAGUCAAGCUCAUUUAGUAGCAUCGAGGGCUUGCCGGAUAAUAUACCACUGGGCGUUUUGGACAGUGAAGGUUCUGUUGUUGGUGGUCUAACGUCAAAACUUGUGCUUAAUGGAGUUGAUCAAUCGAGUGCGGCAGUCUAUGAAUUUUCCAUGUGGGCUAGUGCGGGGGGGAAAUUUACUUUUGUUCCUCGAGAUGCGAGGGAUGAUGGCGGAAAAAAGAUAUUAUUUUAUCCUAGACAGCAGCAUGUUGCCGUGACGCAAGAUGGCUGCCAAUCUUCAAUUCCUCCUUUUGCUGGUCGUCUUGGGAUGUAUAUAGAAGGAUCAGUUUCUCCCCCUCUCGAUGAUGUCGUGGUCAAAAUAAUUGCUGCAGGAGACAGCCAAAGUGCUCCACUCAAGCGAGACGAAUUAGCACUUGAAAUUACCACAGGGACAGAUGGCUCGUUUGUUGCAGGGCCUCUAUAUGAUGAUAUAAGUUAUAGCAUUGAAGCUUCAAAGCCUGGUUAUCAUGUAAAGAAAGUUGGACCUCAUUCCUUUUCUUGUCAGAAACUGGGCCAAAUUUUAGUGCGUAUAUAUUCUAGAGACGAUGCAAACGAGCCUUUUCCAUCAGUUCUCUUAUCAUUAAGUGGAGAAGAUGGUUACAGGAACAAUACGGUAACAGGUGUUGGUGGGAUUUUCGUGUUUGGUGACUUGUUUCCAGGGAGUUUCUAUCUCCGACCUUUGCUUAAGGAAUAUGCUUUCUCCCCUCCAGCAGAGGCAAUUGAACUUGGUUCUGGAGAGUCAAGGGAAGUUGUCUUUCAUGCAACCCGCGUUGCAUACAGUGCCAUGGGAGUAGUUAUGCUCUUGUCCGGUCAACCAAAAGAAGGUGUUUCAGUAGAAGCUCGAGCGGAGUCAAAAGGCUUUUAUGAGGAGACAGUAACAGAUUCAACAGGAUUUUAUCGAUUGAGAGGACUCCUACCUGACACUACUUAUGUGAUCAAAGUAGCAAAGAAAGUUGCAAAUGGCGGAUCUAUGAUCGAGCGUGCAUCUCCUCAGUCUAUGACCGUUCAGGUUAGGGCUGUGGAUUAUAAGGGAUUGGAUUUUAUAGUAUUUGAACAGCCAGAGAGUACCAUUUUAAGUGGCCAUGUUGAAGGGCAUAAAAUCAAAGAAUUUAAUUCACAUCUCCAGGUGGAAAUCAAGUCUGCCUCUGACCCGCUGAAGAUUGAAUACAACUUCCCACUGCCUCUCUCAAACUUUUUCCAGGUGAAGGACUUGCCGAAGGGUAAGCACCUUGUGCAGCUGAGAUCAUCUCUGCCUAAAAGUACCCACAGAUUUGAAUCAGAAGUUAUUGAGGUUGAUUUAGAGAAACAUACCCAAAUUCAUGUGGGCCCACUCAAGUACACAAUCGAUUUCAAUCACCAGAAACAGGAAUUAGCCCCGGCUCCUGUAUACCCUCUGUUUGUUGGAGUUUCUGUGAUUGCGCUUUUCAUUGGCAUGCCAAGAUUGAAGGAUUUAUACCAAACCAUGAUGGGAAUGUCUGCAUCAGUAUCAGCUGCAACUAAGAAAGAUGUGAAAAGACCAAUUGUGAGAAAGAAAACAUACUGAGGAUUUACUUAUACCAUUUUAUAGGAACUUGAAGGUUGAGCUUUAGCGCAAUAGCUCUGAUGCUUAGGUAGGUGAUAUGAUCUAAGAGCAGAGAUAGUUCUUAUUUCUUGAUCGAUUGAAGCAAUCUUCACUGGCAAAAGGAUCUUCUCACAACAACCUCUACUACGACAGAAACUGACAAUGAGCUUACGAAGGCUUAAGUAGCUAAGUUCAAUUUUUUUGGGACGUUUCUACGUCUAAAUUUGAAAUAUUGUUGACGGAUAGGGCGGAUGAUGAUCACUUGUUAGCUGUGCUGCAAAUUUUGACAAUUUAACCUUGCCAAUUUUGGAUAGUUCCAGUAACUACAUUUUUGUGAUUCUAUGCACAUUUAGCUUUUGUAACUACUAACUCAUCUCGUUCUAGUUAGGACAGCGACAUUCAAAUCCAUGUUGCUUUUCUCUCUUCCUGGAAAUUGGAAUAGGUAAUAAAAAGAGAGCAAACUGUCCCUGUUUUCUUUUCUUUUA